GGCGCAUAAUUAUCUUCCACAGAGAAAAGGCCAAGAAUCCCGUUCUGCGAAUGACUCUUUUUGAGAGGGAAAGGAAGGAAUCUUGUGGGUUUCUGAUGGUAAGAUUUUCUUGGGUUUUUGGUUUCUAGGGUUCCGGAAUUCAACUCUCUCUCUGUCUCUCUCUCCGAGUGGUGGGCAAGGGGGAGAUGGAGGAAGGGCCGAGCAACGGCGGGAUGCUGUACCACGAGGUCCAGGAGUCGAAGCUAUGCGCGGUUCACUGCGUCAAUACGGUAUUGCAGGGGCCCUUCUUCUCCGAGCUCGACCUCGCCGCCGUCGCCUCCGAUCUCGAUCGACGGGAGCGCCAGAUCGUGCUCGAAGCCGGGGCUGGGUCGGAGGAGCUUCUCUCUUUUGAGGCCGAGGGCUCCCACAAUGUCUCCAUGGAUGGCGAUUUCAGUAUUCAGGUUCUGGAGAAGGCACUGGAGGUCUGGGAUUUGAAAGUCAUUCCCCUGGACUCUCCUUUAGCUGAGUCAGCAAGAGUUGACCCUCAACUGGAAAGCGCGUUCAUCUGUCACUUGCAUGAUCAUUGGUUCUGCAUCAGAAAGGUGAAUGGAGAAUGGUACAAUUUUGAUAGCCUCUAUGCUGCACCGCAGUAUCUCUCCAAGUUCUUUCUGUCUGCCUAUCUUGAUACUCUCAAGGGCUAUGGCUGGAGCAUUUUCUUAGUACGUGGCAAUUUUCCCAAAGAGUGCCCUGUCUCAUCAUCUGAAUCACUCAAUGGGUUUGGGCAAUGGUUCACACCAGAGGAUGCCCAGAGAAUCACAAAAGCUGUUGAUCUCUCUCACGUUUCUCCUAAUACUGCAGAACCUUUGCAAUUCCCAGAUUCCUCUCAAAUGGCAGCUAUGAGGUCAUUGUCAGACAAGGAAGAACAGGACCUGAACGCUGCUAUUGCUGCAAGCUUGAGGGACGAAAAUAUCUCUUCAGGAAGCCAAACGAAGAACAGCCAAGGCGAGUGUCUGCCAGCCUUAUCAUCUGAACCGCUGAACAAGUUUGGGAAAUGUUACACAUCUGGGGAUGCUCUGGGAAUCGCAACAUCUAUGGAGUCAGAUCCCUCUCAAAUGACAGUUUUGAGCUCAUCAUCAAACAAGGAGGAACGGGAUCUGAAUGCUGCUAUUGCAGCAAGCCUGAGGGAAAACAGUGCAAACUCUGUGAGCAAAAAAACUGACAACCCCCAGUGUGAGUGUCAACCUGUCUCAUCAUCUGAGUUGCUCAGUGAAAUUGGACAACCGCUUGCACCACAAGAUGCUGAGAGAAACACAAAAUCUGCUGAGCACUCUCAGGUUUCUCUGCAUGGUUCACACUUUCCGGAACCUUCAAAUCCUUCACAAAUGGAAAUCAUGAGCUCAUUAUUAGACAAGGAAGAUGAAGAUCUAGAUGCUGCGAUUGCAUUGAGCUUGAGAGACAGCACCGCCACUUCAUUAACCCAAGGUAGGAGCAAUCUUGGGGACGAGUUCCAAUGAGUACUGACACUUUAUGAAUGAGUUUCCUUCUUUACGAGGUUCAACACUUGAGAUAAUUUCCGUUGUUAUAUGUCUCACUUUUUUGUGUGCCUGGUGGAAAGAUGCAGAGAGAAAUGAAUGUUUAGUGGAGUUUGAGGGUGUCCCUGGAGAUUGAUUUCAAAAUCCAAUUUUCGAUUAUAGAAUUUGUUUCCCUGAGAAGGAAGAAUAAGCAAUGUUGGUCAGUACAGUUUCCCAUGUCCAUGUUUAUAGAGGCCAUGUCAGAGAUUCUCAUGCUGAAACUUUUCUCUGUGCUAUGUCGUUGUGAAACUUUUCUGUACUGGAUUGUUGCUCAGAGCCAAUAACAGGGAAUUAUUCUUCUGUUGA